ACACACUUACAUGUUACAUAAGAGUACAAACUCGCUAGAAUCAUGUCCCAUGUGUCGGUAUUAAAAGCUUUGGAAAAUGAAGAUAACGCUAAAGCCCAAGUACGGUCCAUACUUGGACCGACAAAAGAUGCGGAAUUCCUGCAAAGCUUCGUACGAGUUGGUAUCGGCGAUGAAGACGAUGAACUACCAGUUCAAAAGGCGUCCAUCAGCAAAAGAGCCCCACAAUCAGCUGAAAAACCGGAAUCUUUACCUGAAGAUGAGAAAUUCUCUUCAUCAGGGAGAAAAGAGUCAAUUAAACCAGAAAAAAAGAAGUUUAGACGUAAAAUAAAGCGCGAAAGACGUCGUCGUGAAGAAGAACUGUAUACAGAUAAAGAUCGGGCGGCUGCUGUGGUAAUGGGAUACAAGGAUAUCAAGCUCUCCCUCAAUAUGAAAGACAAAGCGGAGAGAAGUAACGCACUCCAGAUACCGGUUGAAGCUGACGCUGGCACUUUAUUGGCUUUAGCGCGUGCUGAGAUGAUGAGAGAACGCUAUCGAACUGCUUUGACAUUUGUGGAUAAGGCAAUUGAGCUGGCUCCAGAAGAGAAAGCCGCUUUUGUUGCUCGCAGCAAAUGCUAUUUACUUCUCGGAGAACCACGCAAAUCUUUAGACGAUUCGGAAACUGCUUUGAAACUUGACCCAAAACAUGCAAAGGCUCUACUUCAGAAGGCUGAAGCAUUGUACUAUUGCGGCGAGUUCGAGUUGAGUUUGGUGCAUUACCAUCGAGGACUGCGUGCACGACCUGACUUGAACGAAUUCCGACUUGGGGUUCAAAAGGCUCAGGAGGCUAUUGAAAAUACUAUUGGAGCAGUGAAACCUGUAAAGAAAACUUCUAAGCGAGCAGCUUCGAAGUCAUCUAGACCAGUGCUGGGACAGCUGAUGUCCGAUAAGAUCUACCUCGAGAAUCUACUCAAGAACCCAGACUUAGCAAUAGCGGACAAAAAGAAUGCUGUCGUUAUGAAACAGGCUGAAGAGGCAAUACGUUUCUUAGAAAAUAGGGAGGAAUUUUGGAGGCAACAACAAACAGCAAAGCGUCAUUAAUAAUUUUAUAGCGCCUUAAUCCUCUUUUUGAAACAGCUUUCUUAAUUUGUAGUCUUUUUAAAAUAAAAUCAUUUUUCAUUCGAUUUGUAGGAUUUAUUACCACAAUACGAAAAAAAAAUUCUUCUAGAUCACAAGAGUGUAAUGUAAUAAAUGUAAUUGCGAUCACAAUGAUUACUAUAUGUACAAGAAAUAAUGAUUGUUUUAGGAUUAAAUGUAGCUAAAAUGAUAUGUUCGUCAUUAUCUAGGUUUAUAUAGUUCCAAUAUUGUUAACAUCGAUUAUAACACUUAUAGAGCAUAAAACUUGCGAAUUAUAUUCCGAACAUUUUUAUGCGCUCAAGCUUUUUUAAGUAAUUAAAUAAAAAUAUAAAUAUAUAUCUAUAAA